AUGAGUAGCAAUAAUAAUGGAUUGAAUGAUCUAGAAUUACUAAGACUAAUUCAAUAAGAAUUUCAAUAGGAUAAAUCACCUGUUUAUGAUGAAAUUAGUGAUUAAUAUUCUUCAGUUAGUGAUGAUGAAGAAAUAAUUAUAAGAGAUCCAUCAUCUUAAAUAAGUAAAUAAAUUUAAAAUUAUUUUAGCUGAUGAGUCUUCAUUAUCACAAUAAUAAGAAAAGAAAAAAAGUAGAUGGAAAUAUGUAAUGUUUAAUUAGUAUUUACUUAGUGUUGUUAAUAAUGUACUAAAUCUGAUAAAGGUUCUAUUAAACCUAAAACUUGUGUUUGUAUAGUACCUGCAUCUUAAAGAAGAAUUUAAAUUGGUGAAUAAGGAUGUCUAUCUUGUCAUUGCACAGGAUGUUCAAUUGAAGAUGAAAAGAAAAAAUAAAAAAAAAUAAAAAAGAAAAGAAAAUCUUCUUCAGAUUCAAGUUCAGAUGAAUCUUCUGAUUUUAAAACUGUGAAUGGAUGUUGUAAGAAAUGUAUGAAAGCAUUUUCUAAAAAAGGAAAGGAAGCUAAAGUUUAGAUAUUAUUAAAUAUUAUUAUAGUCUUGUUUAUGUCAGGUACCAAGAGCAGUCAGAAAGAAACCUCUUCCUCCACAUGGAUGUUAGUAUUGCGGAUGUCAUGGAUGUAAUCCAGAGGAUAAGAAGAAAGAUAAGCCUAAAAAAAAUAGUCGAUAAUUAUCUCCUGUGUCUAGUGAUUUGAAUGAACAGAAUCUUAAUAACUUUUAAAAUGCUCGUAAUAUUGGGUUAUGAUGUUAGCUUUAAUUUAAUUGUUAAAUUCUUAGAAUAUCAAUCCAGGCAUUAUAGGAAUAGGUAUACCAUAAAGGACAUACUCAUAUAUUUAUGGGAAGGAACAAGGACGUUGAGAAUAAAAACUUAUUAAAUUAUUUAUAAUCAUAAACUCUUUUAAUCAAUUAAUGAACGUAGUAAUUUUAUUAUUCAAUAGCAAAGGAAUUAAUAAAGUUAAGAGAAACCAAGACCAUACAAAAAACUGUAAAUAUUUGUAGAAUCAAAAUAGGAUAGAUUGA